AACCGGCCCCGCCCUCUUCAGCCAGGUUCUCAGCCUCGGAAGGGGUUUAACGACUUCCGCUUUUCCCGGCAGUGGCCCCGGUACGAUAAGUGACUGAGACUGCUGGCGGCAUGCGGGCACCGGGAGUAGGUUCGGGGCUCUCUGGUGAGCGAGGGUUGCUAGAGCAGGAGGCUGGCGCGGACACGGAGGCGGCGGAACUGCUGCCCUUCCUGGUGCUCGGAGCGCGAGCCGACCUGCAGGCGGCCGCGGCGCAGCACGUGCUGGCGCUGACUGGUGCGGGCUCCGGCCGCACGCUGUUGGCGGGACAGCCAGAGUUGUUGCGGGCCUUGGUCGACCUUGCAGUGGCCCCGGCCCCAGCUCCUUCCCGCGAUGCCUUCCGCGCGCUCGUGAACUUGGCUGCUGAUCCCGGUGUGCACUGGCAGCUGCUGGCGGCUGAUCCGGAGCUGCCCGCCCGCCUGCUGCGCUGCGUGUUGGACCCUCAGUGGCCCUGGGCUGAAGAGGCGGCUGCAGUGCUGGCCAACCUGAGUCGCGAGCCGGCUCCGUGUGCUGCGUUAAUGGAGAAGCUGAUGGCCGCUGAGCCGGAGCGGUUGGGUCUGGAGCGGCUUGUCAACGCGCUGUGCACGCCGAGCUACAACGCGGCCGCACCCCUGCAUUACCUGGGGCCGCUGCUCUCCAACCUUAGCCAGCAGGCGGAGGUGCGUGCUUUUCUCCUGGACCCAGACAGGUGCGUGGUCCAACGGCUGCUGCCUCUUACCCAGUACACAGACUCUUCGGUGCGCAGGGGCGGGGUGGUAGGAACACUUCGGAAUUGCUGUUUUGAGCAUCGACAUCACGAGUGGUUACUUGGGCCCCAAGUCGACAUUCUCCCCUUCUUGCUACUGCCCUUGGCUGGGCCUGAAGAGUUUUCCGAGGAAGAAAUGGACCAGCUGCCUGUUGACCUGCAGUACUUGUCACCAGACAAGCAACGGGAGCCGGACGCUGACAUCCGGAAGAUGCUCAUCGAAGCCGUCAUGCUGCUGACAGCCACGGCACCCGGUCGGAAGCAGGUACGGGACCAGGGUGCCUACCUGAUCCUUCGAGAGCUGCACAGCUGGGAGCCAGAGCCCGAUGUGCGGAUGGCUUGCGAGAAGCUUAUCCAGGUGCUUAUUGGUGAUGAGCCAGAGGCUGGCAUGGAAAACCUGCUGGAGGUGCAGGUACCUGAAGACGUGGAACAACAGCUCCAGGAGCUCGACCAGCAAGAGCAACAGGAGCUCGCUCAAGAGCUAAGAGGCAACAGUGCCCCACACACCUGAAGUCCCUUUGGCCUGAACGCCAGCUUCAAACCCACCUCUGCCAGUGUUGGCACAGGGUUCUAGGGUCAAUGCCCAGUAAAUGUUGAGCCGCUCAAGGAUGCUGCCCAAUCCUGUGCCCUGUUGCAACCGGCAAUAAUGCACAUUGUUCAGAGCUGCACUACUGAGCUGGAGCUGGCUGGGUUCUGUCACAGCUGCCUACAGAUGAGGCAGGAUGCCGGUGGUCACUGGAGCUAUGAAGAGCCUAUUCCCAGCUGGUGAUAGGACUGGACUGGAAAUACUGCAAGCCCUGGGAAGCCAACUAGGUUUUCAUUCCUGAAGGCACUGAGGGGUCUGGACGUGGAUAGGCUUAGAGAUGUAAACAGCGCCGUGAGCCCCAACCUUCGGAGUCUUUUUGCUUUCCUUACCCAAGACCUUAAAAGACAGACUACACUUGGAUCCUAGGCCCUUCCUAGAAUGCUCUGCCUUCUGAGCCUGUGAGCCUGUCUUUGGAUCACUUGCUGGGUUUCCCAUUUGCUGUCUCCGUUUCUCUGUUUCAUCUUGUCAGCCUCCUUACUCCCAGGUUGAAUUGGGGCUUAACCAUUCAGCUAGAACCUGCUCCUUGGUUAGCUUUCUCAAGCCUCGGUUGCCUUUCAAGGCGGAUUCUGAGUUCAAGGCCAGCCUGGUCUACAGAGUGAGUUCCAGGACAGCCAGGGCUACACAGAAAAACCCUGUCUCGAAAAAAAAAAAAAAAAGACAUCCAGACUCUCCUUCGGGGCACACCUUGCUUACCUCUGCAAGAGAUUCUCCUGCGUGUUCUUUUACCCCUGUACGAUCCUACCCUUAACAUUUGGAGCCUACUCCGUGUAUGCACCCCUUCUUCCUAAUUUGUAGAUAUCGUGGCAAGUUUUGCUCUA